UAACGAAACUAAAACGUUCUUUCUCUGUAACUGUCGCAUAUUUGCUGUCGUCUGUAUUGCAUUUUGCAUUUAAAUUUCUUCUGUCAAAAACAAUCUUAGACUGUCAUAUUUUUCUGUUUGCAAAUUAGAAUUGUAUUAAUAAGAUGUUUAAAGUUUAAUUGUGCUGGAUCUAGAACAACGUAUAAGAGAAAGAACACAAAAUGUCUUCUGGUAUUCCUAAAGCUUUACCUAGUAAUGGAUCACACAUGUGUUCAACAGAGAUACAAGAAUUACCAGUUAAUAUUCCUGGUAAUCAACGUGAUAGAGAAAGUGCUAAUGGUCGGCGUCCAACAGAAGAAGCAUCAGUAAGUUCUCAAAGUGCCACAGGAAAUAAUGCCACAGGUUACUCAGGUCAAGUCUUGUUUAAUUGGCAAGCUUCCAAAGUUACUGUAAAAGACAGGCUUGCAUUCAUUUUUAACAGAGAAAUUCUUAGUGAUGUUCAUUUCAUAGUUGGAAAAGGAGCACAACAACAAAGAAUUCCUGCCCAUAAAUUUGUUUUAUCUGUUGGAAGUGCAGUCUUUGAUGCUAUGUUUAAUGGGGCAAUGGCAACAACUUCUGAUGAAAUUGAGCUUCCAGAUGUGGAACCAGCUGCUUUUUUGGCCCUUCUAAGGUUUUUGUACUCAGAUGAAGUGCAAAUUGGGCCUGAAACUGUGAUGAUGACUUUGUAUACAGCUAAGAAAUAUGCUGUUCCUGCACUAGAAAAAGCUUGCGUUGAUUUUUUAAAGUCUAAUUUGAGCAGUGAUAAUGCAUUUAUGCUUUUGACUCAAGCUCGUUUGUUCGAUGAACCCCAAUUAGCUGCUUUGUGUCUGGAAACAAUCGAUAAGUAUACGUCAGAAGCUUUAGCAGCUGAAGGCUUUACAGAUAUUGAUCAUGAAACUUUAUGUGCUGUUCUGGAAAGAGAUACAUUAAGGAUUAGAGAAGCAAAAUUAUUCAAUGCUGUUGUUAGAUGGGCUGAACAGGAGAGUAUUCGUCAAAAUUUGACUGUAAAUGCAGAAAAUCUUCGACUGUUAUUAGGACGAGCACUUCAUUUAAUAAGAUUUCCAAUUAUGACUGUAGAGGAAUUUGCAGUGGGACCAGCUCAAGCAAAUAUUUUAACAGAUAAAGAAAUAGUUUCUUUAUUCCUUUAUUUCACUGUUAAUCCUAAACCUCCUAUUAAUUUCCCAGAUGUACCCCGAUGCUGCAUUACUGGUAAAGAGCAAACUGUUUGUCGAUUCCAACAAUCAGAAAGUAGAUGGGGUUAUAGUGGAACUAGUGACAGAAUUAGAUUCAUGGUUGACAGAAAAAUUUAUGUUGUUGGUUUUGGUCUUUAUGGAUCUAUUCAUGGCCCUUCUGAUUAUACAGUUAAUAUACAGAUUAUUCAUACCGGAACCGGAAAACUCUUGGGUACAAAUGAUACAAGCUUUAGCUGUGAUGGUUCAUCCUCCACAUUCCGAGUAAUGUUCAAAACACCUGUAGAAAUCAUACCAGGAAAUAAUUAUACUGCAUGUGCAACAUUAAAGGGUCCAGAUUCUCAUUAUGGUACUAAAGGACUAAGGAAAAUAACACUGGAUUGUCCUAGUGGUGGAAAGGUUACAUUUUUAUACACUUAUGCUGCAGGAAAUAAUAAUGGAACAUCUGUUGAAGAUGGUCAAAUUCCAGAGAUUAUAUUCUAUACAUAAAACAUUACAAUUAAAAUAUGAAUGAAAUUAGUAUUAAAAGGUAAAUUUGUUCUGUCUACUUAACAUUGUAAGAAAAACAAUCAAAAAUAGUGUGCCAAUGCAAAUAUGCAACACUGUUGAAAUAUUUGUAUUUCAAAGUUACUCUGCUAUUAAUAGGAGAAUAGAUUGCACAAUUUUUUUAAUGUUGGUAUGAGGCCAUGUUUUAUUAUAUGUAGUAAAUAUGAAUUUAUUUGUUGGCUGGAAUAAAUAUAUUAUUUAGCAUUUAGAAUUUAUAUAUUCAUUUUAUGUAAGUAUUUAAAAUACUAAAAUUUAUUAUAAUAUUUCACUGCUUUCAUUUCUUUACAUUUUUAUUGUACAGAAUAUAUAUAUAUGCAAUUCAAAUUAUUGCACUUUUAGUUUAUACAUAUCUCACUAAACAAAAAAGGCCAGUGUGGGGUGUGUGCACGGAUGUACGAAAAAAUCCUCUUAUUUGUUUUAUGUACCUAUUUUAUACGACAUGAAUAAUCCAUUGUAUAAAUUACUAACAUUUCCUCAUCAUCAUUAUGCUCUAAAAGAAUACUGAUGUUGCAUUUCUGGUGCUAGUGCGCAAUAAUGUGAUGAUUUUGAUGUUUCAUCUUAAAAUAUUUUGUUUUGGAUCUGAAAUAAAAAAAAAGUUAUAUAUCAAAUAUUUUUAUGUUCUUGUUGAUAAUUUCUAUCAGAAUUGUAUAGCUAUAUUCAUUGAAUUGCAUUAUAUUAAAUGCCUUUGAGUAUUCUUACAUUAUAGGUAAUGUUAUUAGAUACAUUGUUAUUCACUGGAUACAAAAGCUGAUUUUGUUUUGAGAAAUUAAAGAAUAAAAUAAAUCAAUUGCUCUUUCUGAAAAUUUAAUCUGUAAUUUUGUAUAGUUUUGUAAGUGUUAUUAUUUGUAAUUAUUAAAAUCGGGUAUUAAAAGGUUGCACUAUCUAGAAUUGUAUCUGAGAAGAGAAAUACAAAUGUUAAAGCAUUGAGAUUGUAUUGUACUUAUUGAUUUUUAAUACUUCCUGGAGAUAUUUAAAAAAUUUACUUCUCCUUAAGGAGAUAGCAGCCAUGUUUAUAUGGAUGGUUUUGAUUCUAUAAUAAUAAUAAUAAAAUGAUAUAUUUCUAUGAUUUAGAAUAAUUUGUUAUAUUGUUUUAAAGUUUUCGUUAUACUCCAGGAUGCAUAAUGGCUUGUGGAUAUUUUGUCAGCAUUUAAAUAUUUAAAUCCUAAGUAUGUGAAUGUUUCUGUUUCAAUGCUGAUAGACUGUGACAAGUCAUAAUGCAUCUAACUUCAUUAUUUAUAAUAAGGAUUGUCUCAAUUCAAAUGGUGAAUACCAGCCAUUAAAUUCACUCGUGAUUUUAAAAAAGGCAAUGGAAUAAUCCAAUUUUAGAGAUGAAUAUUUUUACUUUGAGCACUUUACAAUCUUGAAAUAUUAACAAUCUUCUAAAUAUGCAUCAAAUUUUUCAUAAUUUAAAUAAAAAAAUAAGAUUCUAAAAUAUUUCACCACUUCUCAGAUUGCAUUAAAGAAAGUUGCAAAUCUGUAUAUUUUCUAUUUAUUUAACAAGGAUUUAUGCAAGCAUGUCACUGAAUUUUUGGGGAGUUCAUAUUCUAUUUUAGAGUAGAGUCAAGAAAAUUCACUUAUUUGCUUAUGAAGUAAUUACUUUGAAGUACCUUGUAAAAAUCUACAAAAAUUACAUUUGAAAUUCUAUAAUUUAAAUUUCACACUUUUACAAUGUUUUAUGCAACAUGUUUAUCUCUACUACAAAGGACAAUGCAUGUGUGUGCACUGGCUUGUAAGAUACACCAUUUGAUGUAGAAUUACUCAAUUUGACACAGAUAUAUAAUUUAGAAAAUGCAAAUGAGCAAAUCAAAGUGGCUUUAAUUAAAAUUAAAUAUUAAAUGAGAUUUUUACUUUUGCUGCAAUAUUGAAUAAAACUGAUUUUUUUUC